UUUCACAGGGAUAUUAAAAACUGUAGACGUGAUUUAGACGUACAAACAGUAUGUCUCUGGAAAUUCGUAUAAAGGAAGAAGACACACGCAUAAAAGAGGAGCCUCAUUGUGAUAUUGACCAUGAUCUAAGUACUGGGCUGGACCAUGAAGUGCGUGUAAAGGCAGAGCCUGAAUUUACCACAGAUAUACCAGAACCAGAGAGCAAAGAGGAUUCAGAAAAUGUGAGACAGGAUGUGCUGGCUGGGUAUACCGGCCAGGAAGUUAAGAAUGAGCUUGGCCUGGCCUCGGAACUGUUACAUCAGCUAGACAAUGCCCAUAUUGCACUGGAAUCUCUGUGUGAAACACACAUUAAGGAGGAGACAAAUCCGGAGUUUUUAAGCUGUGUCAAGCAAAUAUUGCACCAGAAUUGUGUUGUCAAACUCGAGCGCAUACCUAUUGAUAAUUUCAAGAAAUCUCAACACUAUUCAUUUCCCAGGUUAACUUCUAUUCCAACAGAAAAACUCAAGAGAACAAGAAAAAACUGUAACAAAAACACCCUUAAAGUUGCGAAGAAAGUUUACAUUUGUGAUACUUGCAGCAAACCAUUUGUAAGGAGAGUUACAAUUAUCAAACACUUAAUAAAUAAAGUGUGUGAAAAAUCUUACGCUUGUGAAAUAUGUCAAAAGAAGUUCCCGUACCCUUCGUAUUUACGUAAUCAUAAGGUAACUCAUUCAGGGGAGAAACUUUUUAAGUGUGAACUAUGUGGAACAAAGUGCAGCACUGAGAAAAACUUGAAACACCAUGUGUUUAAUCACAUGAAUAACCGUCCGUUUUCUUGUGAAAUAUGUAACAGGCAAUUUGUCCGCGAAAGGGAUUUAAUCAGUCAUAAACUCUCCCAUACAGGUGAGAAACCUUUUGAGUGCGAAGUUUGUGGAAAACGACUAAAACACAAGCGUACUUUGGUUGAUCAUUUACGAACGCACGGAGUUUACAGUCAUGAAAAUUUGCCUACCUGCGACUUUUGUGGAAUGAAGUUUAGUCGAAAGUCACAUUUGGCCAUACAUGAGAGAUCACACACUGGCGAAAAGCCUUUUCCAUGUGAAGUUUGCAAAAAGAGUUUUACUUCAAACUCAGUGUUAACAACUCAUAUGAGAAUACACACUGGGGAAAAACCUUAUGCCUGCGAAAUGUGCUCAAUGCGGUUCCCAACAAGUGGAAUGUUAGGUCUCCAUAAGAAAAAACAUUAUAAUGGGAAAUAUACUCACUUGGUUCACUCUAUGUAAUGAAAAUAUACAUUUUGGUUGACA